UCCCCGGAGGCCCGGAGUCGUCUCCGCCGGCUCGGCACGAGAACCCCCACCCCCACCCACCACUGGCACGUCCUCCUGACCUCCUCCUCCUUCCUUCCUUCUCGAAGGGAGCCAAAUCAAUCCACCUUUUCGCCCCUUUUUCUUCCUUCCAAUCUAAGCAAGAAGAACGAGGCCGAGGACAGGGGAGUCCCAAGAUAGCCGCAAGCAGCCCUCCACCUCAAUCGCCUCUUCUGGUACUCACUUCUUGCUGCCGGACGGACAGCUCGCGAGCGAGGUUUCUUGGCUUCCGAACCAGCGGCUUCUCUUGGUGUGGGGGAUGGACAGCAGCAACGCGGCCGGCACGAGCAACGGCGGAUCCGGGGAUGGGGACCCGGCCGCGGCGGCAAGGAGGAACACCAAGAUGCCCAAGUAUUCCAAGUUCACGCAGCAGGAGCUGCCGGCUUGUAAGCCGAUCCUUACUCCAAAAUGGGUUGUCUCCGUGUUUUUCCUUGUCGGCGUCAUCUUUGUCCCAGUUGGUGUCGUUUCGCUGCUAGCUGCACGAGAUGUUGUUGAGAUCAUUGACCGGUACGAUGAUGCAUGUGUGCCAGUUAACAUGACCGACAACAAGCUUGGGUACAUCCAGAACGAGACCAUAUCCAAAGAGUGUACAAGGACUCUAACGGUCACAAAGGAUAUGAAACAGCCAAUUUUUGUAUAUUACCAACUCGACAACUUCUACCAGAAUCAUAGGAGGUAUGUGAAGAGCCGAAAUGAUGCACAACUAAGAGAUUAUAAGAAGGCAAAUCAGACAACCUCUUGUGAACCCGAGAGAACCACCGCAGAUGGAAAACCAAUUGUUCCUUGUGGUCUGAUUGCUUGGAGUUUGUUCAAUGAUACAUAUAUCUUUAAUCGUGGUAAUGAGAACUUGACAGUGGACAAGAAGGACAUCUCAUGGAAGAGUGAUAGGGAGCACAAAUUUGCUAAAAAUGUCUAUCCAAGCAACUUCCAGAAUGGUGGGCUCAUAGGUGGAGCAAAACUUGACUCAAGUAUCCCGUUGAGCGAUCAAGAGGACCUUAUCGUUUGGAUGAGGACUGCGGCUCUUCCAACAUUCAGAAAGUUGUAUGGGAGGAUAUAUGUUGAUCUCAAGGAGAAUGAUACCAUAACAGUGAAACUGGAUAACAAUUACAAUACAUAUAGCUUCGGUGGCAAGAAAAAGUUGGUCCUUUCCACAGCAACCUGGCUUGGAGGAAAGAAUGAUUUCCUUGGGUUUGCAUACCUUAUAGUUGGCGGCCUCUGUAUUUUCUUGGCAUUUGCGUUCACCUUGCUAUACGUCAUAAAGCCAAGGAAAUUGGGAGACCACAACUACCUGUCCUGGAACCGGCACCCUGCGGGCCGCUAAGAUGUUUUGGAACUCGAUGCCGCAUAUUAUGCCCCAACUGCUUGUAGUAUAUCAUGUUCUAAAUGAGAUUGCCAGUAGGACUAGACCUCCAUGUACAUGUUAGCGAAUGAAUCUGUUUUUCUUUUUUUGUCUUUUUGAUCUGCAUAUAGCAGUGAUGCAUGAAUACUAUGGAUUGUGCUGUUGUUGUUUUUUCUUUUGCGAAGGUUGUCAAACUGCUUAUUUUGUGACAUGGAUGUAUUACCAGCUUAACACCCCAAUGGGUCCCUUGGGAAAUAUUUCAGACUCUAUCGGAGUCCAGCUCCCUCUAUUCCUAAA